AUGGCUCCUUGGGCACAUCUAGCUCUAGUCACUCUUUUCACCCCGCUUCUGGCCUCCCCAGUCAGCGAAUCCGAGUCUUUAAUCAACCAAAAGCGCGCAGCAGCAGGAUAUGAAUCGCCUCCGUAUUAUCCCACUCCUCCUGGAGGAUGGAUAUCCGACUGGAGCGAAGCCUACGAAAAGGCUUACAAGGUCGUGAGCAACAUGACAUUGGCCGAGAAAGUCAACUUGACAACUGGUACAGGUUUCUUUAUGGGCCCCUGCGUGGGCCAAACAGGCAGUGCGCCUCGAUUUGGUAUCCCGAAUAUCUGCCUGCAGGACUCACCUGUAGGAAUCCGGAAUUCAGACCACAACACUGCCUUCCCGCCGGGCAUUACAGUGGGUGCAACAUUCAACAAGGAUCUCAUGUAUGAGCGCGGUGUUGGACUCGGCGAAGAGGCUCGAGGCAAGGGCGUAAAUGUUCUUCUCGGGCCUGCUGUUGGUCCUCUUGGCCGCAAGCCACGUGGUGGUCGUAUUUGGGAGGCAUUCGGUGCCGAUCCAUCUCUGCAGGCUUUUGCAGGUGCUGAAACUAUCAAGGGAAUGCAGAGCACAGGUGCCAUUGCUGCUAUCAAACAUUUCAUUGGUAAUGAGCAGGAAAUGUUCCGCAUGAGCAGUAUCGUUACCAAGGGCUAUUCGUCCAAUAUUGAUGACCGCACAUUGCAUGAAUUAUAUCUUUGGCCUUUUGCUGAGGGUGUUCGUGCUGGUGUGGGAUCGCUUAUGACUGCUUACAAUGAUGUGAACAGCUCCGCCUGUAGCCAGAACAGCAAGCUGCUCAACGGAAUCCUAAAGGAUGAGCUUGGUUUCCAAGGAUUUGUCAUGACGGACUGGCUGGGCCACUAUACCGGCGUGGGUUCAGCGCUUGCUGGUUUGGAUAUGGCUAUGCCAGGUGACGGUGCUGUUCCUCUGUUUGGCGACAGCUAUUGGGGACCGGAGAUGUCACGCUCGGUUUUGAAUGGAAGUGUCCCUAUGGACCGCCUGAACGAUAUGGUCACCCGUAUUGUUGCGACUUGGUACAAGUUCGGUCAAGACAAGGACUACCCAUUGCCCAAUUUCUCUACCAACACCCAAGACAAGGAAGGCCCGCUUUACCCUGGUGCCCUCUUCUCUCCAUCUGGAGUUGUCAAUCAAUUCGUCGAUGUUACCGCAAACCACAAUGCCACAGUCCGCGCCGUUGCCCGAGAAGCCAUUACCCUGCUGAAGAAUGACAUGGACAUUCUUCCUCUAAGUCGCAACGAUAAUUUGAAAGUGUUUGGUACAGAUGCCGGAGGAAACCCAGAUGGCCUCAACUCAUGCACUGAUAUGGGAUGCAACAAGGGUGUUCUCACUAUGGGCUGGGGCAGUGGUACUGCCAGGUUCCCAUACCUCAUCACUCCCCAAGAGGCCAUUGCCAAUGUGACGGACAAUGUGGAAUUCCACAUCACCGACUCUUUCCCUUCGGAAGUCACCGCCAAUUCCAGCGAUAUAGCCCUUGUCUUUAUCAAUGCUGAUUCCGGUGAGAACUAUAUCACUGUCGAUGGAAACCCUGGAGAUCGAACCAACGCCGGCCUCAAUGCUUGGCACAACGGUGAUGACCUCGUGAAGGACGCAGCUAAGAAGUUCUCAAAUGUCGUGGUGAUUAUCCACACUGUCGGACCAAUCCUAAUGGAGGAAUGGAUCGAACUAGACUCUGUGAAAGCCGUCGUCGUGGCCCAUCUCCCCGGCCAAGAAGCAGGUAACUCACUGACCGAUGUCUUGUUCGGAGAUUACAGCCCCAGUGGACGCAUGCCAUAUACAAUUCCUAAGAGCGAAAAUGACUAUCCGGACAGCGUCAGCCUGAUCAACCAGCCAUUUGGCCAGAUCCAGGACACUUUCACCGAAGGUCUCUACGUCGACUACCGCCACUUUAUGAAAGCAAAUGUAACACCUCGAUACCCCUUCGGCCACGGUCUCUCCUACACAACUUUCAACUUCUCCCACCCCUCCUUGUCACUCAUUACCCCCUUGGACACAGCCUACCCGGCAGCCCGUCCCACUAAACCUGCCACACCAACCUACAAUACCAGCAUCCCAGCCGCAUCAGAAGUAGCCUGGUCAUCCUUCAAUUUCACCCGCAUCUGGCGUUACCUCUACCCAUACCUGGACAACCCCCAAUCCAUCAUCGCAUCCAAAAAAUACCCCUACCCAGAUGGCUACAGCGCAAAGCCACAUCCUGUUCCCCGCGCCGGUGGUGGCCAGGGUGGAAACCCAGCCCUCUUCGAAACAGCUUUCUCGGUCCAGGUCCAAGUCCAAAAUACAGGAGAGAGACACGGUAAGGCUGUUGCCCAGCUCUACGUUGAGCUUCCGUCUGCUAUUGGUCUUGACACGCCUGAGCUACAGCUGCGUCAAUUCGACAAAACCAAGGAGCUUGCCCCUGGUCAGAGUGAGACUUUGACACUAAAGAUUACUCGGAAGGAUGUUAGUGUUUGGGAUGUUGAUAUGCAGGAUUGGAAGGCUCCUGUUAAUGGACAGGGGAUUAAGAUCUGGGUUGGGAAUAGUGUUGCUGAUUUGCCUGUUCUGUGUACUGUUGGUGGAACCUGUUCAGCUGAAUAA